AGCGUAUAUUGAAAGUCAAUGUGGUGAAAACAUUUUUUAAUUUGAAAGAAAAAAAAUAAAAAUAAACAGGUUUUAAAACACCUCUUCCCAGGGUGGAACUACCUGCAUUUUGCAACAUGGCUGCUGUAGGGGUAUUCGGGAAAGUUUAGCUGUCGAGUUAAGUUUUAUUUUAAUCUCUUCACAGGGGGAACCGGUUGAGUCAAAACUAGUCGUUUUUACAGUUGUCUGCGGUGAAAGGUAAAUGUCCAAUAAUUGCACCCCUACAACCAGAAGCUUUGGACUGUUCGCUUCAUAUUUUUUUUUUUAAAUCGGGAGGCUAUAUUUAUCUGAAGACUAUUACUAAGCAAGCUAGCACUCCGUAUGAACUGGUAUUUUCCGAAGUUGUCUGCUUUUUCGGACAUUUCCGUGUCUAGGGAAAUAGCCACGGGCUACUUUGGAAUAUUAACAACAUGCAUUUUUCCAUUCCUGAGACCGAGGUUUGUUCAGGAGAAAAUGGGUCCACAUACGUGGCUUACAAUAUCCAUGUAAAUGGAGUGCUGCACUGCCGGGUCAGAUACAGCCAGCUCCUUGGACUACAUGAACAGUUAAAAAAAGAGUUUGGUAAUAAUGUAGUCCCAGCAUUCCCUCCGAAGAAGCUUUUUACACUCACACCAGCUGAGGUGGAACAGCGAAGAGAACAGCUUGAGAAGUAUAUGCAGGCUGUGCGACAGGACCCUAUGCUUGGAGCCAGUGAAACAUUCAACAGCUUCCUAAGAAAAGCCCAACAGGAAACUCAGCAGAUUGCCACUGAGGAAGUUCACUUGGAUGUUUACUUGUCGAACAGGCAGAAAGUGAAAGUGAACAUCCUCACGUCAGACCAAACUGAGGAUGUCCUAGAGGCUGUAGCUUCGAAGUUGGAUCUUCCUGAUGACCUGGUUGGAUACUUUAGCCUUUUCCUGAUUCGAGAGGGAAAGGAUGGGGGCUGUACUUUUGUACGAAAGAUGCAAGAGUUUGAAUUGCCGUUUGUAUCUGUCACCAGCCUUAGAAACCCAGAGUACCGGAUCGUCCUCAGGAAAAGUUACUGGGAUUCAGCAUAUGAUAAUGAUGUAAUGGAUAACAGGGUUGGACUAAACCUAUUAUAUGCUCAGACGGUUUCCGAUAUCGAGCGGGGCUGGAUCUUGGUGAAUAAAGAGCAGCACAGACAGCUCAAAUCCCUGCAGGAGAAAGGCUCUAAAAAAGAGUUUAUCCGCUUGGCUCAGACCCUGAAGUACUUUGGCUACAUCAAGUUUGACCCCUGCAUCACAGACUUCCCAGAAAAGGGCUGCCAUGUGAUUGUCAGCGCUGGUAACAAUGAGUUGAACUUCCAUGUCAAACUUCCAAAUGACCAUAUUAAGGAGGGAAGCUUUAAAGUGACGCGCAUGCGGUGCUGGCGGGUUACUUCCUCACAGGUCCCUGUGGUUAAUGGUACGGCAAAUAGUGGCACCUCUGGGAAGUCUGACAUUAAAUUGGAGCUGGCGUUUGAGUAUCUCAUGAGUAAAGAUCGCUUGCAGUGGGUCACCGUUACCAGUCCACAGGCAAUUAUGAUGAGCAUCUGUCUUCAGUCUAUGGUGGAUGAAUUGAUGGUAAAGAAGUCUGGUGGCAGCAUCAAGAAGAUGCUGAAGAAACGUCAUAAUGGUUCCCUCCGUCGGUCUGAUAGUCAACAAGCUGUGAAAUCUCCUCCUUUACUAGACUCCCCUGACUCAAACAGAGAGCCUGUUGUUAAACGGUAAGUUUUUUUUUUUUUUUUUUUUUUUUAUAUUAUAUCAUGUAUCAUGU